GAAGCGCAUCAACUUUCCUAUAUUAGUGAUUCAGUUUUAAAUGACGUCAACAACCAGUCCCAUCAAAUAGUUGAAGUCAAUGAUUUCGCUUUGACAACAAUUAAGAUGCCUGUUUCAAUAAAAAAACGAGGACGUCCAAAAGGACAGGACUUAACAGUCAUAGGACUACCAAAGAAAAAGAAAAGAUGUACUGUAGCAUUUGCUAAACAAUCCUAUCAUGAAAAACAAAAUGUAAUCCUGAAUUGCUUCGUUAAGGAUCGUAACAUCGUUAGAGACAUCACAAAUGGGAAAUUUCUUGAAACUGUAGACCUUAAAAUGCUCCCCGAAGAAAUAUCACAUGCCGUUCUUGAUGAGGCUGUUGAUAUCCACAUGAUAAGAAGUUUUUGCACGGAGAAAGCCUUCGAAAAAAUAACCAAUCUAGUUGAGCAGAAACGACUUCAACAAAGUUGGUUUUGUUCUGUGUGCAGUGAAGACACGCAGAAAAAUCAUAUGUCACUUUGUUGCAGUAGAUGCCUUCUAUGGAGACAUAUCCGUUGUGCAGGAUUGACUAUGCGACUUAAAUCAAAACUGUGGUUUUGCAGAGAAUGCUAUCUGUAG